AGAGCGCGGCGCGGUCCCGCUAUGCUCGCGUUGAGCAGAGUCGAGGCGAAAGCGUCAAAACGCGCCAGGACUUGGAGGGGAGCUUCCCGCUGGAGUAACAAAACAAAAAAAACAAAAAAGAUAAAUGCGUGUCGACAUUGCCUUAAUGGCAUGGGAAUCCGUUACUGUGAGAGCAAAGAGAGGACAAUGAAAGCCGAGAUCGCUUCGCAAGAAGGUUAUUCCCUAAAAACAUAAGCUUUGAGCAGAAUACCAGGAUAUUUGGAGUACACAGACUACAACUGCAAGUGAAGACCCGGAGACGGUCAAAGAUACUCCCGGCUUAUUAAUAUUAUUCUUAUUCUAUUCUUAUUCUAAGCAAGACAUGGGGAGAUUUUAACCUCGGCGAAGCAGCACUGGGUGGAAGAUCUGACAAGCGCACCGGGAGGAAAGUGAGCGAGGAUCCGCAUCACUGUGGCUGUUUUUCAUCAUUUGUAAGCUGGUGGGCUUCUAUAUCACAGCUGAUGACUGUCCCUCCGGAGGCUGGAUUACAGGGGUUAGCGGCAAGCCGGCGCGUUUGCUGAAGGGCGUGCCCCAGCUUGUAUGUUGGUCACCUACGCUCGCUCUUGCUCACAGGGAUCAUGUGGCUUUGUCCAAGGAGAAAUCGUUUCCCCUUGCAGAACUGGCACGGCGUCCACAAUUGCACCAAUUUCAGCGUGUCCUUGUGGGUUUUAAGCUUUUGUUGGUGCUUUGCGGCCCUGAGAAGUCAUACCUACCACCCCACUGUGAACACACAGUACGGGAAGCUCCGCGGCGUGAGGGUACCCCUGCCGAGUGAGAUCCUGGGGCCGGUCGACCAGUAUCUGGGGGUCCCCUACGCGGCUCCCCCCGUGGGAGAGAAGCGCUUCAUGCCCCCGGAACCCCCUUCUUCCUGGUCAGGGAUCAAGAACGCCACCCAUUUCGCCCCUGUCUGCCCCCAAAACAUUCACAAUGCCGUGCCAGAAAUCAUGAUGCCAAUAUGGUUCACCUUCAACCUGGAUAUAGUUACCACAUACAUACAGGAUCAGCACGAAGACUGUCUUUACCUAAACAUUUAUGUGCCAACGGAGGAUGUCAAAAGAAUAUCCAAGGAAUGUGCGAGGAAACCCAACAAGAAAAUAUGUAGAAAAGGAGGGGCCCAUGCAAAAAAACAGGGCGAAGAGUUGUCUGAAAACGACGGUGACGAAGAUGAAGACAUACGAGAUACCGGGGCCAAACCAGUGAUGGUCUACAUCCACGGAGGGUCCUACAUGGAGGGGACGGGCAACAUGAUCGAUGGGAGCGUCCUGGCCAGCUAUGGAAACGUCAUCGUUAUCACUCUCAACUAUCGAGUCGGCGUCCUCGGCUUCCUCAGCACAGGGGAUCAGGCUGCUAAAGGGAACUACGGGCUGCUGGACCAGAUCCAGGCUUUGAGGUGGAUCAGUGAGAACAUCGGCUUCUUCGGAGGAGAUUCCAACCGCAUUACCGUAUUUGGAUCUGGGAUCGGCGCUUCCUGUGUCAGUCUCCUCACCCUCUCCCAUCACUCUGAAGGUAGGGCACGUCAUUAAAACGGCGAAAAGGCUGUUCAACGGACUGUUUGAGCAAAGAAGCGUUCAUGUGUUGCUGUGAUUCCAAAAUAACACCUUAUUUAAUCUCACAUUUAAAUUUAAUUUUGAGCAAGCCAUGCUGCUGUGUUUUUUUUUGUUUUUUUAUCUACGUCUUCUUACCAGAAACAAGCAUGUUGGUUUAAUGUGUCUUUUUUAAGAAAGGGUGAAAAAGAACAUAGCUUCAUAAAGAGGAGGUAGCUAUAUUAAGGCAAAAAUGACGCACACAGUCUCUCACUGUCCUCUUUCUAAAGAGUGUUGUUUAUCUCUUGGUUACCUUAAUGGCUACCUCAUGAUGAUUUACAGCUCACAUUGGCCAUGACUUUA